AUGAAGGUGUUUGUGUUGUCCAUAAUACUAGGACUACGACUCCACUCGGUGUUUUGUUUGCAGUAUAUAUGUGGGGUUGAUAACUACCAGCAGCUGGUUGAUUCUGAGCGUUCUGUGCAAACCGAUAACUACUAUCCCAGAACCAUCGUACCCACCAACAGUAAUAUUCCAGUCACUUUGGGAAUCAAUAACUAUUUGUACAAGGACCCAGCAGAUGAUGCUAGCUUGGUAUUCCAUGAGAUAGACGUCAAGGUCAUCGAUAGCUAUUUCGAUUCACUUUAUGUGGCAUACCCUGCGGUGGUGAAAGGAGAUGCUAAUUCAGUGUUCUACUCCCGAGUUAGAGAUAACUUCAACAACCUAUUCCGUAUAAGAUAUUCCACCCGAUCCAAUAACAGUUGCUUGGCAUCGAACAUGAUCCAAUUCAAAAUGGUAUUCAUAAAAGAAAAGGUCCUCUACGAGUACUAUUUAGGGAAUUGCAACUCAUCGGAGCUCCUUUAUGAAGGGUUCAAUCCCAAUUCCUAUUGUAUUGAAACCGAUUUUUAUUGUUACAACGACGGCAUUUGUUCUCCCUCCAACUAUUCGCUCGCAUAUAGAGAUGCACUAAGGAGCCCUCAAUUUAAUGUCAUUGAUGAUGGAACUAUAUCGGUGACAGGAGCGUAUCCCACCGCAUCUGUCAGUUGUUUAGAUAAUCAGAAAUGCACCUUAGCUAAUUUUCUGACAUUUUAUUUUUCUGAGGCAUCGUACACUCCUGUGUACAUUGACCCGCAGAUUACUUCAGCACAAAAAACUGCAACUUCAUCCCUGGUUUUCAAAUCUGCAGAAAUGGAAAGCUUGUCGAGUCUAGAGACUACUUCCAAAAACACUUCCAAUAAGAAUAAUGUUUCUAGCUGGAUUUUAAUUCUCUAUUUUCUUGGAUUUUAA